UGUUUCAAAAAGUCCCGCUUUCUCGGCGCACAUUUAAGGCCGGCUUUCAGCGUCCGGGGUGACAUUUCUUCUCGGCAUCAUCUCCAAGACAGAAGCAUCACAAUGAGCGGACGAGGCAAGACCGGCGGAAAGGCCCGAGCCAAGGCGAAGACCCGCUCCUCCCGCGCAGGGCUGCAGUUCCCCGUGGGCCGCGUCCACAGGCUGCUGCGUAAAGGCAACUAUGCGGAGCGUGUCGGUGCCGGAGCGCCCGUCUACCUGGCCGCCGUGCUGGAGUACCUGACGGCUGAGAUCCUGGAGCUGGCCGGCAACGCUGCCCGCGACAACAAGAAGACGAGGAUCAUCCCCCGUCACCUGCAGCUGGCUGUGCGCAACGACGAGGAGCUCAACAAGCUGCUGGGUGGAGUCACCAUCGCCCAGGGCGGUGUGCUGCCCAACAUCCAGGCUGUGCUUCUGCCCAAGAAGACCGAGAAGCCCGCCAAGGCCAAGUAAA